AUGGCUAAGGAAAUUUCUUAUAUCAUGUCUGAUGUUACUCAUGGAUUGUGUACUUUUUACCUAAUGCAAAAUGCCUUGAAGCAUAUGGACUAUUUGUACAAGGGCAGCUCAACAUUUGGAAGUGACUUUAAAGCUUGCAUUUUCGGAUAUGAAGAUGAAAACGAGUUAGUUAAAGCUUGGAAAUCUUUGAUUAUUAAAUACAACUUGGAGGAGAAUACAUGGAUGAAGAAAACUUGGGAACUUAGAGAGAAGUGGGCACAUGUGUACAUGAAAUGGUCAUUUAAUGUAGUUGUUUUAGACAAGCGGUAUAAUGAAAGUUAUGCUAUUUAUCAAUCUAGACAAAAGUUACCAAGAAUAAAAAUCAAGAGUUGUCCCAUGUUAGUUCAAACAGCGAAACUAUAUACCUCUCCUAUCUUUGACUUAUUCCAUGGCGAGUUUGACAAGUCUCUUUCUUGUCAAGUAAGGAAAUGCUGUGAGUUAGAAGGAGAAAUUAAAUAUGUUAUUGGUUUGUAUGGAGAAGAUAGAGAGUAUAUUGUGAUGGGUGCAAUGGAAUUUGAUAGUUUAGGAGGCAAAACUCUACAAAAUGUUCGUUGUACUUGUCGAAAAUUUGAGAGUUUUGGAAUUUUGUGUGGUCAUGCGAUUAAAGUGCUCCAUCAGAUGGAUGUUAUGGAAAUUUCUGAUAGAUAUAUACUAGUGCGAUGGAGACUAGAUGCAAAGGAUUGUUCAUCUAAAGACAAAAAAGUUAUAGUGAAUGAGGUUGAUCCCAAGUUGGUGAUAUCAGCGCGUUAUAGACAUCUUUGUCCUAGAAUGGUAAAAUUAGCAGCUCGAUCAUCUGAAUAUGAUACCGUAUAUGAGUUUGUGGACAAUAGUAUUUCUGAUUUGUGUGUAAAAGUGGACAAUAUGAUCAUUUGA